AUGUCUGGUCGUCAAGGUGGUAAGAUGAAGCCACUAAAGCAGAAGAAGAAGCAAAACGAUGAUGAUGAAGAAGGACGUGCUUUCAAAGAGAAGCAGAAGAGAGAUGCUCAAGCUAAGAAAGAGCUAUUAUCCAAUAUGAAAUCUGGUAAACCAUUGGCAAGUGGUGGUAUCAAAAAAUCUGGUAAAAAAUAA